AGAAGGAGGAGAGAAGCGUUUUUCGGCGAGUAGCCCGCCGCUCAGGAAAUGAGUAAGACACUGCGCGAAUCUAAACAGAAAGAAAGGACAGUCAAGUAACUGCCAUUGCGCGGACUUCCUUUAUUGGUGUGAUGGAUAUGUAACCCAACACUUUCUGAAAUGGUCUGAAAGCUCACCAGAGGACAAGACUCCCUUGUGAGGAUGCAGGGGGCCAUUGCCCGUUUCUGUGUGGUGGUGGCAGCUGCCAUCCUGAACCACCCCUUGCUCUUUCCGGACAACAGCACUGCACCGGACCCUAAACAGGAGAAUGACCUGCUGGUCCGCAUGAAGGAGCACCAGGAGAGGCUGGAGGCUGAGCAGGCUCAGCUGGAGCAAGAGCUCUCAGCAGAGGCCCUUGAUGCUGGCCUGUAUGACAACUUCAGCUGGUAUUUCUGGAGCACUUUCUCCCUCGUUAUUUUCUUCAUCAUUGAGGUGUGCAGGCAGGAAGCAAGCCAAGUGGGAUGCCAGGGCUCAAAUGCACCCAGUGAGGAUGAGGAGUCCUGGUUUGGUGUAGGAUGUGCCAGCGGCAGGGGCUUAGUCUUAGAGAAAGGCGCCCUCAGAGGCUUCUGUGAGAAAUGCUUCCAUGGGCCGACCCACGAGAGUCGCAAGUUGCGUGAGUUCGUGGAAGGCUUCGCUGAUGACCUGCUGGAGGCUCUGAGAAGUGUAGGGGACCGCGAGGCCGACAUGGAGGUGGAGGACUUUGUGGGAGUAGGAAGCGUGUUUGAGUCCUGGGGUGUCUGCAGGCCUUUCACGUGUGACCUCAUCGUGCCAUUUGCCUUGCCUGAACCCUAUGGCUACCAGUUCAAACUGUGGUGCGGCCCAUCAAGCGACCUGACCCCGGACCUGUGGCAGGGCUGUGGCCAGAUCCGUUUGGCCCGAUUGGGCGAGGACAGUACCAGCUGCCUAUGUGGGUGCACCAACCUCGGUGAAGACAUGCUGUGCCUGGUCCAUGCCAGGAAUGACCCCCCCAAAGAUGACGACCACUGCCUAGAGGAGCUCCUUUGCUCCAAAGGCACGACCAACCUGGCCAAAGACCAGGUCAUGAAGUGGUUCCAGAUCUCUGUGACCAAAGCGUGGGGGCGCAUCUCGCACAAGUAUGAGUUUGAGCUCACGUUUCGAAACCUGGACUCCCCUGGAGCCCUGAAGAUCCGUUUCAGGUCAGGCAAAGUUGUGCUGCUUAAUCUGACCCCCGUGGUCCAGCUUGAGGACACAGAUGCCUACUUCAUCUCGCAUUUCCCCACGGAUAGCGAGAGCUCCUCGGACACGCACUGGCACCUCUCCUUCUGUGUGUACGAGAGGAACUUGCUCAAGCUCCUGGCCAAGAGCCUUCCUGAGAACUCCUGUCACAUCCGGUGCUUGCAGGUUGCCUCCUUCCUCCACAAAAAGCAGACCAGCCUGACGGGCAGAUGUGCCCUAACUAACUAUCACCUCAAAACUGCACUUCUGCACUUGUCGCUGGCUAAACCCCCUUCUGCAUGGGGACCUCAAAACCUGGACCAGAGAUUUGAAGAUCUGUUGGGUUUCCUCCAGAAAAGUGUUCAGGAAAAGAGACUCAGUCACAUCAUCAUCGGGAACUCUUCAGUUCCAGCAGAAAUCAGAGUUCCUGACAUUUUCCAGGCGGCAGAACCAGUCAAUCUUUUCCGGCCACUGGUGCUGCAAAGGCAGCUCUACUCUGGAAUGGUGCAGCAUGUCCAAGAGAUGGUCCGGAAUGCUCCAGUUCUGAUCCAGGAAUACACUCCUCACAUUCCCAAUGGAGAUGUUCCCCAUGGGCCACACUCGGAACUACAGUCGUAGUGUGGUUCACCGCAGAAGAAUGGACUGUAAUCUUAGGUUCAGUGACUCAGUUGUAAUUGCCUGGAGAAAUUACAGAUUCCUAUCACAGGAACUGUGGUCGUGGCUUGGAAGGAACUGAAUGAGCAGGGCUUUGGUUUUUGCUUGGUGGUUGUUGUACUUGUUUUCCUUUGGAAAGCAGCUACAAUGACAAAGAAACUUCUUAUUUCUCCAUCAGGUUGCAGCACAAAAAUAAGAGGCCACUGAUCACAUUAAGUUUUGCUGAACAGGGAAGUGUUAUUUACUUUGUUACAUUGCACAUUACUUGACUGCUUUUCCCAAGGUCUCAAGGUCACCUUGUAAAUACUUUGGCAUUCCUUGUGGAAGAAGUUAGUGAUGUCCACUGCACUCACUUAAAGUCCCUCAGUACAUCAGUCAGGGAGACAUGCCAGUGGUACUCUGUCAGGCGUCACAAAGGUAGAGAUAAGGUUUUGAGAAAAAGUGCCUUACAUGACAUGGUUUCACUCCUCCUGGAAACCCUGACACUGUAUACAGGACUGUGUUUGCCAAAAACUUUGUUGUGCUACUUCUGUUAUGCUUUAGAGACUAAAAACCCAGGUGUCAUUGCUCUUGAAGGCCUAAACCAUGCACAUGCAACUUAUUUCUUGACUUUUCGGAACGAAACAGAGGUGUUAAGGUUCCCGCAAAGGCCCUGCACUUGAAAUUAUGGUAAUUAUAGAGGCUAUCUGGGCUGAUGAAGGAUACUUGUAUUUUUGGUUGUUGUUGUGAAGUCAGAGAGCUAUUUAUCGAAUUUACCUCCUGCUGUAUUUUUGGAUUGUACUGGUUAGUGUUCGAGCUUGUUUCUCAUAUUCUCAAAGACAACAAACACAGAGCCUUACUCAGAAACAACUCAUCCUUAACUAGCAUAAUUGUAAACAGUAAAAGAUCCAUGAUGGGAUAGGUUUUGGUGAUCUAAAAUAGGAGGUUUUAUUCUCUUCUCAUCCUCCUUUUUCUGUGACUGCACUGAUCGUGUUUUUCUACAAGAAAACAUGAUAGAGGGUAGUUGGGAGGCUGUCAGCUCAAUGUUACUUUAACUGCAGGUUGUUUGUCAAAUGUGUCAAAUAGCAGUCUGAAUGUACUGUCAAGAGGAAACAGUGAGAAAAGGAAAUGAUUUAGCCCUGAGAACAGCUCACCACAUUUCUAGGCCCCGAACAAGAGUUGUAAUUUAAUAAAGGGUCAACAACAUUGCUGUAUUCAGAGCAUGGCGUGACUGUCAAUGCACAUCAUGUUGUCUAAAGAAAAGGGAGGUCAUUGUAUUCCGAUAAGCAUGUCAUCUGAGGAGAUGUUUCAGGGCCACUUCAUGGGCUUAGGGCUGAAGUUACAAGAAGCACUUGAGUAAAUAAAAAAUAAUACGCUGUACUUCUCUUAUAAGUAGAUGUUAUUGCACAUUACUGACCUGAACCUUUGGUCAUGAACUAACUGUAACUACAUCUUGUAAUAACCCGUUCUACAUAAGAAAUACAUUGUGUCAUUUAAUUAAGUAUAAAGUGUAUAGUAUCUAAGGACACUUAAUAUAAACUGGAACCGAGCAUGCUUGUUGAAGCUAAUUCAAAUGAUGUUUGGUGCUUCAGAGUGUGUGUGUGUGUGGGCUGUGCUGGUCACAUGUAAAGCACUAGGUUUAAUUUAGUAUUUCCUGUACUCAAGUUUGCUGAUUUCUCUGUUUGUUAAGAGGACAAAAUGACAUUGAGGAUAGCUGUAAGAAGGCUGAAAUAUUGUGACCACAUACGCACAUCAAAAGUAAUGAAGGAUCUUACUAGUUGCUGUUCUUGAGUAUUAACCCAUACCUGAGUUUGGCUUCAAAUCUUAAUGGUUACAAUACAUGCCGUUUAAAUAUUGUCUGACAAGGCCUGCAGUUAUUCAGUGUUCAGUUGAAUAUGAUUUCAUUGUAUAUAAAUGUAUGUUUAUUUCUAUUUUAUACCAGUAAUUAUUGGUGUAUUUGCUCCAUGAAGAACAUUUAUAUUGUAUUUGGUGGAACUGUUUUUGUUUACAUCAAUAAAUGCACUGCUUUAACUUAAAA